AUGGGUUCUCUAAACAUGUUUGGAGCUCCUUCUCAGCAACAUCUGUUCAUGAUAAGGAAUCUAAACGCAACUCUACAGGAAAGGAAGACAGGGGCCCGGGGCGCUGGGGCCGGGCGCCCGCCCGCCUCCGCAUUCUCGGGCGUGGAGGCACCGGGAGGCACCGGGAGGCACCGGGGCUGCGGGCAGCUGGCCGCCAGGGCUGCGCAGCGGCUGGACCGCGCGGCGGGGGAGGCGCGCCCAGCGGCGGGCCGCGUACUCACCGGAGGGGGCCGCGCGGGCUCGGGGCGCCUGCACGCCCGGGACACGGUCAAGCACAGCCCUCCGGGGCGCCCACGGCCUCGCUGGGAAGCGCGGCGAGACAGACGGGCGGCGUCUCUGCCGCGGCUGCUGUCACCGAGCUAUAAAUACCGGCUCGGCCCACACCCGCCGCCGCCUACGCCGGGCGCCCUCCGCACAGUCCGCCGGCCGCGGGCCGGGCCGCGGGAGCGCAAGGGCGACGGCGCAGCGCAGGUGACCGCUGCGGCUCCAGCUGUGCGGCAACCUUCGCAGCUGGAGGCAUGGCCUCCCGCCGCCCCCGCCCGCCCGCUCUCCCUCCGCUCCCCUCCCUCCCGCGGCGCCGGCGACUCCAGCCCGCGGGCCGUGCGCGCCGCGGCAGAGCCUGCCCGGGCCAGGCCCGCUUCUGCAGAACCAGCGGAUGCGGGUGGGGGACGAUUUAGGAACCGGGAGGGGCGGGGAGGGGGUUUGGAGGCGGCCGGCUUCAGCCCUGCGUCUCAGCAGCGGUCCCUUCUUCCUGGGGGAACCGGCAGACUUCUGAAACCCAUCAUCCUGCAAGGGACCAAUGGGGUUCCCAGGUGGAGGGUGCAUCUAGAGCCGCAAACUUUCUAA